AUGGCCCCCGCGACGCGCAAGAACGAUCAAGACGCGCCGCCGGGAGGAGAGAGACAAGACGAGCUGGAAGCGCAGCUCACACAGCUACGUGCCGAGAUUACAGCCCUCCAAGCCAACAAUCAAGCGCAGCGUCAACCGCCGAUAGAGUCCAAGGCUCGCGUUCCGAGCUGCCUGCCGAAGUUCAAGGGGAAGCGCGACGACGAUGUGCGCUAG